GCGCAGGCCGGACUCCAGUUAUCCGCUCCUCGGCGGAGUGGGGCUGUUGGUGCGGCCUCCAUUGUUCGGGAUUUAAGUCGCCAUGAGGGGUGACAGAGGCCGUGGUCGUGGUGGGCGCUUUGGUUCCAGAGGAGGCCCAGGAGGAGGGUUCAGGCCCUUUGUACCACAUAUCCCAUUUGAUUUCUAUUUGUGUGAAAUGGCCUUCCCCCGGGUGAAGCCAGCACCUGAUGAAACUUCGUUUAGUGAGGCCUUGCUAAAGAGGAAUCAGGACCUUGCUCCCAAUUCUGCUGAACAGGCCUCUAUUCUUUCUCUGGUUACAAAAAUAAACAAUGUGAUUGAUAAUUUGAUUGUGGCUCCAGGAACAUUUGAAGUGCAAAUUGAAGAAGUACGACAGGUAGGAUCGUAUAAAAAGGGAACAAUGACAACGGGACACAAUGUGGCUGACCUAGUAGUAAUACUAAAGAUUCUGCCAACAUGUGAGUAUACCUCUUUCUGGCCAUGGGAAGAGAACAUAGUAGGUGGGGUUAGGUUUGAUGGCUCAAUGUUGAUUACUUUUAAUCCUUUGGUCGUGCUUGCUUUCAGAGUUAAAGUUCUUAUCCGACUGCUGAAGGACUUGAGGAUUCGUUUUCCUGGCUUUGAGCCCCUCACACCCUGGAUCCUUGACCUACUGGGUCAUUAUGCUGUGAUGAACAACCCCACUAGACAGCCCUUGGCCCUAAAUGUGGCAUACAGGCGUUGCUUACAGAUUCUGGCUGCAGGACUGUUCCUGCCAGGUUCCGUGGGUAUCACUGACCCCUGUGAGAGUGGCAACUUCAGAGUACACACAGUUAUGACCCUGGAACAGCAGGACAUGGUCUGCUACACAGCUCAGACUCUGGUCCGAAUCCUCUCACAUGGUGGCUUUAGGAAGAUCCUUGGCCAGGAGGGUGAUGCCAGCUAUCUGGCUUCUGAAAUAUCUACUUGGGAUGGAGUGAUUGUGACGCCCUCAGAAAAGGCUUACGAGAAGCCACCAGAGAAGAAGGAAGGAGAGGAAGAGGAGGAGAAUACAGAAGAACCACCACAAGGAGAAGAGGAGGAAAGCAUGGAAACCCAGGAGUGAUCUCCACUCCCUUUCCUACACCAGGGGAAGACUGGAGCCUAAGCUAGCUGCUACUGGGCUUUAUAUGUUGGCAUUUCUGUGGGAUAGGGAAGACCACAGAAGGAAAAUCAGAAGUUUCAUGCCAUUGAUACUGGCUUAAUAGCCAUAAGUCUCACAUUUAUGGCCGGUGCCAUCCAUUAUAAUGAAGCAGGGUACCAUCAUUUCUUUUGAGUCCCCCAACUCCUGAAAACCUUAGCCAGUAAUUUUUUUGAAGUAUUGUGAACUGUUAACUGUCCAGAAAUUUUUUUUCUAAGAAAAACAAAAGUACUUCCUAGUAGGGUUUGUGGUCUUGUUUCUCCUUGGCGUGUGGCACCUUUUGCUUUGUAUACUUGAGUCUUUUAACUAUACACAGUUAACAUCACAACUUGAAGCUGUAUCUGAAUUAAAGCAGACUCCUGGAAUCUUUACAUAGAAUAAAUUAGAAUAUUACUGAAGUA